AUGCAAUUCGCAUUGCCUCCACGAAAGAACCAACAUCCGCUCCCCGGUGCCCGCUCUUCUCGAUUACCGCUACAUCGCAGGAAACAGCUGAAGACGCUCGGGCUACUUGCUUUCGCUGUGAUCUCGAUCCUCUACAUCCUUACCCACCUUUACUCGAGCUCGUCUUCCAUUGCUGCGCCGACUGGUUCGGCAGGCGUGGUUAUUGUGACAUUGUUGGAUCGCAAACAGUUCAGUGAGAGUUAUAUCAAUAAGAUUAUUGCCAACCGUGAGGAUUACGCGAAGCGCCAUGGCUAUGUAAACUUCUUCGCGACCGUAUCUGAAUACGAUGAUGCAAUUGGCGACCAACCCAAAAGCUGGGCUUUAGUUCCAGCUGUCCGCCACGCAAUGGCUACCUACCCCCAUGCCGCAUAUUUCUUCCACUUGAAUAUGCACUCCCUUAUCAUGAACCCGACCAAAUCUCUCAAAUCACACCUGCUGGACAAGAGCAAGCUCGAAGCAACGAUGCUCAAGGAUGUCCCCAUCGUCCCGCCCGACAGUAUUAUCAGGACAUUCCCGCAUCUGAAGGAGAAGGAUAUCGACUUUAUCACCACGCAGGAUAACGAAGAUAUCAGUCCCAGCAGCUUUGUGCUCAAGAAUGGGGACUUUGCGCGCUUUUUCUUGGAUUUCUGGUUUGAUCCGUUGUUUCGCAGUUAUGAUUUUGCGAAGGCGGAGACUCAUGGAUUGGAUCACAUUAUGCAAUGGCAUCCGACUGUGUUGGCGCGCACGGCUCUUGUUCCCCAGCGUGUGCUGAAUGCGUACAGCAAGGACUCGAGUGGUGCUGGACCCGACGGUACCUAUGCCGACGGUGACUUUAUCAUUCGAUUCCCAGGAUGUGAGAAAGUCAAGGCCAAGGAGUGCGCUGAGAUGGAGUCAUAUUACAUGCAGUGGCAGAAGAAAAUAAAGAGUGGAUAA